ACCAGUCAGUGGCCCACACACACACACAUAGACACACACACUCCACUCCACCCCUUUGUGGCUUGUGCGUAAUAGGGUUUGGCACACGGUGCGCGCCGCGUAAACAAAAGCACAUUGUCGGUCGGUGUCACUGGCAGUCAGUCCGCGAGCCAAGAGUGGGAGAAGUGAACAGUCAUUUCCUUUGCUCUCCAGACAGCGAGUGGACUUUUUCUGGUCGCAGCUAAAAUCUUGUACAGAUCCACGACACUAACGCAGCAGAGAUGGGAUUAUUUAACACCGCCCUUCUGCGCCGGAUGGAGGUUUGAGAAAAAAAUCUAGCGGGAGAUAAGAUCCUCUGAAUCAUAAGACAACUUAAGCCUUAAGAGACCAUGCCGUGUGUCCAGACCCAGUGCGGCUCCUCUCCGCAGGGAGCCAGCCCGGCUUCCCAGGGCGCCGGCGGAGAGCGCAGCUGCGACUUCCUCACCCCGGAGUUUGUCAAGUUCAGCAUGGACCUCACCAACAGCGAAGUCUCGGCUGCAACGUCGGGUCCCGGUUUUGGCCCUUUGGCGGACACUUACGGCUCCGGGUACGACGUGAAGCCCCCUUGCCUCUUCCAGAUGCCGGUUCAGGGGGAGCUCCCGUGCGUCAAGGUGGAGGAUGCGCACGGGUGCCCUCGGUAUCAGCCGAGUCAGCAUCCCUCGCACCAGCCCGACGAGCUGCUCUCCUCCCCGGGCUCUGUUUAUUAUUACCGCUCUCCCUCCCCGCACACCCCUAUCACAUCCAGCUUCCAAACUGCACCGGGACACAUCUGGGAUGACUCCGGCUCUCUGUACAGUUUUCGACAAGACUAUUUGGCGGCGGCGGCGCAUAGGAAAAACACACUCUCCAGAUUUUCGCUGUUUUCCCUCAAACACGCGCAACACAGCGGCCAGAGCUUGUCCACCUGCCAGAUGAAAUUUGACGGAUCUCUCCACGUGUCCAUGAACCUGGACGCGGCCGGUGCGCACCAGCCGCUGGACAGCCCCGGGGUUUUGGGCUCCCACAGCGGCCUGGGAAAGCAGCCCGGCGUGGGAUUUCCUCACCCGCUCCACCUCGCCCACGGCCACCACUUUAUGGACUACCAGGCUUCUUCCGCCCACGGCCGAGGACCGCUGAGCACGGAGGGCCUGUGCGCGGUGUGCGGGGAUAACGCAGCCUGCCAGCACUACGGAGUGCGCACCUGCGAGGGCUGCAAGGGUUUCUUCAAGCGCACAGUGCAAAAAAAUGCCAAGUAUGUGUGUUUGGCUUCGAAAAGCUGCCCCGUGGACAAACGUAGGAGGAACCGAUGCCAAUACUGUCGCUUCCAGAAGUGCCUUGCAGUGGGAAUGGUCAAAGAAGUGGUGAGGACAGACAAUCUGAAAGGUCGAAGAGGUCGACUGCCGUCCAAACCUAAAGCUCUCUCAGACUCAUCGUCGCCCGUUGGCACCCUCCUGAGCGCCCUCAUCAGGGCACAUGUGGAGUCAAACCCUUCACCCUCUCGCCUUGACUACUCCAAAGUAAGCAAACAUUACAAGAGUUACUCUGUUAUGACCCUAAACACAACAUUAGCAUUAUCAUUCCUUUCACUGCAGUUCAAGGAGAGUCCUGGAAGUCCACCAGGAGACGAUGCACAGCAUGUCCGGCAGUUUUACGACCUCCUGACCAGAUCGAUGGAGGUGAUUCGAGGCUGGGCGCAGAAGAUCCCAGGCUUUAUCUCCCUACCUAAAAACGACCAAGACCUCCUCUUCUAUUCAGCUUUCCUGGAGCUCUUUGUUUUACGGCUCUCAUACAGAUCCAACCCAGAGGAAGGUAAGCUGAUAUUCUGUGAUGGGUCGGUGUGGCACCGGCUCCAGUGCCUGAGGGGCUUUGGGGAGUGGAUUGACAGCAUCGUUGAAUUCUCCGCCAACCUGCAGAGGAUGAACUUGGACGUCUCCACCUUUUCCUGCAUAUGCACCCUUGCCUUGGUCACCGAGAGGCACGGACUGAAGGAGCCGAAGAAAGUGGAGGAGCUGCAGAACAACAUCGUCAAGUGCUUGAAGGACGGCGGUGUGUGCUCCGACGGAGGCUCCAGCUGCUGGUCCAACCAUUUGUCCAGACUUUUAGAGAAGCUCCCUGAACUCCGCACUCUGUGCAUCCAAGGCCUGCAGAGGAUUUUCUACCUGAAGCUGGAGGAUCUGGUGCCGCCGCCUGCAAUAAUAGAUAAGUUAUUCCUCGACACCUUGCCAUUUUAGAGACUUAAGACGUUUGAAAAACUAAUAUCGAGCCGUUAAAUCACCAGAAUAACUCCCGACGCAAGGCAGUUUAUUUCAAGAAAUGUCCUAUAACCUACCUGUAAUUUUUUAUCAUAAUAUCAAGCGAUGAAUCUAAUGAAACUGAAGCAUGGUGAUGGUGACUUUUUAAAUCCUGUAGAUCAGGAAAGGACCAAUUUCAUUCAACGUUUUCCACAAAUUUUAAUUUUUGUUUUAUUUUUUAAUGUGAUUUAAUCAAAAUUAUUGACUGCGAGUGAACCAUUUGUCAGGUAAGAUUUAUUUUCCACACGUUAGUGCGUCUCAGCUUGUACAGAGGCAUUUUGAUACGAGAUAAAGCAUCGCAUCACGUUUAGCUUCUUUAUAACAGCUUAUAUUGGUCAUAUAGUGAUUAAUAUAAUAUUCAUGGUCUUGUGUUCUCAGAGUAAACUGUCAAUGUCCAUGUUUUAAUAAAUAAAUGAAGUUACUGCUGCUGAACUUUUGAUUUAUUUAACGUUUGAUGAAAAGGGAGAUUUUGCCGACACAUGCUUUUUUAAAAUUUAAUUUUAAUGUUUCUGAU